AUUUGGUGUAAAUUAUAUUUUUUUUUUUCUUUUCCCUCUCUUUUUUUAUUAUUUUUCCCUAUCUACUCUCAAUAUAAAAAUCCAUGGUGUGUUUAGGACCUCGAAAAAAAGAAAAGAAGAAUAACCUUUUAAGCCCAGAAGAUACGACAACAAGUCGAGGGCUGAAAAAGUCCAAGCUAAAGAAGCCCAGCAGCUCCAACAGUUUGGCACCUACAACCACAGUGCCAGCCGCAAGUAAAUUGAAAGCACCGUCUGUUGUUUCGAGUAGCGUCAAAAAGUCACCCACUCGUACUUCACUGGAGAGCAACAAGUCAAGACCUCCUUCUCGUAACUCACUCUUACCAACUGGACGAACCCCCAGUCCAGUCCAUCGUUCAACAUCUCCUCACAAACCUCCCUCAUCUUCUAGACCAACAAGCAUUGCAUCGUCUGUCAAAACUGCCGCUACAAGAACUUCCGCUGCCUCUACACAAAGCUCAAAUGCCUCUCGUAACUCCACUCAUAACACCGCCACCGCAACAACAACAACAAAGCGUUUUCCUAUCACUGAAAUGAAAGAAGAAGUCAAAGGCUUGAAAGCAAAAAAUGAGGAAAACUUAAAGUUGAUUGCAGACCAACAAGCGGAGCUUGAACUUUUGAAACAACAGCUGCUCAGUGAAUCGUCUCAGGUAUCAUCACCACCACCCGCUGACAUUGGGGAAGAUGAUCACCAAGCCAAAGAACAGCUUUUACUGCGAGAGAAAGAAAUAGAGGAAUUGCGCAUCAAAUUACAGCAGCAAGAAGUUCCCGCUAUUGUGAUUCAGGAUGAUGAAAUCGAUUCCAAAGCGGAAAUUUUAGCUCAAAAGGAAAAAUUAUUGCAGGAAAAGGAAGCUAAACUGGAAGAACAAAAGCGAAUGAUGGAAGAGCAAGUACCUCAAAUUGAACAGGUUGCUAUGCAAUUAGAAGCACUUAAAUCACAGAAUUUAAACGCAGUCAGCCAGUUGGCUUCAAAGGAAAAGGAAUUAGAGGAAUUACGAUCCAUGAUUCAUGAAAAGCCUGUGGAGGAAGUACAUGAUAAGCAAGAAGCACUUUCAAAGAUUGAGGAAUUAAAUAUGCAACUUGAGGCUCAAAAGAAGUCGCAUGAGGAAAGUCUGCGUUUGCACGAGGAAGCUUUGGCAGAAAAGGAUAUUCUUUUGAAAGAACAAAAGGAAUCUCUCGAAUCUUUACAAGAAAAUCAUCAUCAAGAGUUACAGGACUUAAAAAACGCUCAAACCAGCAGUAUUCUGUCUAUCCGCAAGAAGCACAAGCAAGAUAAACUUGCUCUUGAAAAGGAAUUGGAAGAGACAAAGGCUGAGGCCGAAAAGAACCCUGCUGCUGCAAUUGAUAUUGAUGAGCAUAUGGAACGUAUCCUUCAAGAGUUUGAACAAGCUGAACACUCUUACACUGUUCAAAUCAAGGAUAUGGAAGAAUCUCACCAAUCCGAAUUGUCUCAUCUCGAAGAUAACCAAAAGGCUCAAGUUAAAAAGUUGAAACGCACACAGAAUUUAAACAGAGAUAGUUGGACUGAGCGUUAUUUACCAACUGAUGCUGUCUCUUGGCCUGUUCCCAAUGGCUCUGCAGUACCUAAGCUUCGUCCUACACCCUCUCUUGUCGAAAGUAAGAGCAAGACUUUAUUACGUGUACUUGGUAAUAUGCCUGCCUAUCAAAAGCCUGAACCCGUCUUGACUCCUCUUGAUCCCAAGAAGGUGCAAGUCUACUACUCUUCUGUCAGUGGCAACGCUGUCAUUAAGCGUAAUCAAGAACAAAUUCAACAGUUGCUUACAAAUAAUGGAGUAAAGUUCCAGCUCGUAGAUGUUGCACAAAGUGAAGCGGCCCGACAAUACGCCAAGAAAUGCAACAAUGCAGGUAAAGCAUUUGGUCGAAUCAAAGAGUUCCCUCAAUUGUAUGUGGGAGGAGAAUAUCGAGGCCAAUAUGACGACUUAGUGCGUGCCAUAGAUGACAAUGCGUUAGAAGAGAUUUUACAUGCUGCUGAAGAACGCCAUUUCACCAGUGCAGAAAGAGCAGCUAUUCAACAAGCGGAAUUAAAUGAAGAAUUAGCAGGUCCCAUGCGUAUGCCUCCUGCUGUUCCAGCCUUACCUUUAUUAAGACCCACCAAAUCAUCCGUUGCUAAACCCGUCAAAACCUUAAAGGAUUAUGAUGAAGAUGAAGAACUAUUGUUGGCUCUUGAAAAAGAGUUUGAUGCUGGAAAUUUGAAUCUUGAUGAUUUAUAAGAAAUUCUCAUCUUAACUACCUUUUUUUUGUCACCAUAUAAUCUCUUAUAAUUUAUAAACUAUAUACUCCCCUUCCCCUCACAAUACACGCAGAUAUUUCGCCAAUUUUAAUAAACCUUGUUUUUUUCUUGUU